GACGCCGUUUGUUAUGUUUGGUUUGCAGCGCAUCAAAGGCGUCCAGACCGACCGUACCCGACGCCAGGUCGGACAGAGCCAGGAGAAGCGCUCUGCGACGGAGACCGGCAGCCCGGCUUCGUCAAAGCCAUUAACAGUUCGCCGCCGCGGCCUCGACUGAGGUGUGCGGUGCUCCCGUCACUCCUUAGGUUAGUGGAGGGACCGAGUCCCCUCGACCCCUCCCUCCAUCAACAUCGCCAGCCGUGGCGACCAUGACCGCGUCCACGAUGCGCGCCCGCAGGCGCAAGGUGCUCCGCUCCGUCUUCCAGGCCGACGUCUCCCAACCCACACCUCUGCUCGCCUCGUCGGCGCCCGGAGAGCCCUUUGGCGGCCCACCAGCUCACGCACAUGCACCGCCGCCUGUGCCUCUGCCUCCCAUCAGCGAUCAGGUUCGCUGGGAUCGCGCCUGGCACGUUGUCACCUCGCGCAUCCAUCUUCCUUCCUCGGUCGCCGUCGAGGACUCCUUCGGCACUCUCGCCCCAGAGUCCCAAGACUUUGACCACAUCUUUCACGACUCCCUGGCCCUGCUGCUAAACCCCGGCACCAGCGUCCCUGGCGCCGCGCACACCGAGGACAUUCUUCACUGGCAUACGCAGCAGGUGCGGCAGCACUUUGUGCACCAUGUCUUGCCUCUUCUGGCUGCCUGCUGUGCCCAGGGGGGUCAGCAGCAGAUUCUGCUCGGCAGCAUACAGACCCUCGAGGCCGCCCACCGCCAGUACCUAUAUGGGCUGACGCUGAUAGUCCGAGGCAUCGAUGAUGACGCCGCCCGUGCUGCUGCCGUGGCCAAAUUCAGACGAGAUCUUCACGCCGUUAUUGGAAGUUCUUGGGCACCGGGUCUGACAAAUGCGCUACGCGGCGUUCUCUACCGCCUCCUGGCCAGUAACCUGCAUGUCGGCCGAAGGCAAUCGGGCUCCGAGCCACCCUCUAGCCAGGACGCCCGCGAAUCGGCCGCUGCCCGCGAGGAGCUUCUGAGUCUUCUCGAGUCUCUCAAAACGGUUGGCCUGGCGGGGGACAAGUUCCACGUCCUGAUCGCCGAAGUCAUGGACAGUUGCAUGCGCAAGUUUGUCCAAGAUACGUACUCGCGCGUGUGGACGGCCCGAGAGCCUUUGCAUAGUCCUGACGGACCAGUGACAUCUGGUUGCCUGGAGCAUCUGUGCGACUGGGUCGAGCGCUGCUACGGUCGCCUGGCCGUUGAGGUCUUCAGUCGCAUAGGCGGCCGUGUUUCGUGGAGCGACGUCAGUCAGUGGAAAGACGUCGCCAUCGGACGGCUGGCAACACUGCGCAUGGAGGAGCUCUUUGACAUUGUCCUGCACUGGCCUGACAGCAAGGGCGGCCUCGAUGACCUUCGCUCCGCGGUUGCUACCCCUCAACGACGCCUGCAACUGACAGACACCUUCUCCGCCUCACUUCAAAGGCGCUUGCUGCAUCCAGGCUGUUCCACGUCGGACAUACUGCAGACCUAUAUCUCGAUGAUCCGCACAUUCCAUGCGCUUGAUGCUUCGAAAGUCCUACUUGACCGAGUGGUCCACGCUUUGCAGCUCUACUUGUGUCAGAGAGAUGACGCUAUCCGCAUCGUCGUCACAGGCUUGCUCUCUGACCCCCGUGCCGCCGACACCGACGAGGGCAAGCGCAGGCUCGUCGAGUUGGCAGUGAUGCUCAAUGACACGUCGCAGCAGCAGCGGGCUCAUAGCGACGACUAUGACCUUGACUGGAACGACAUGUCGUGGGUGCCAGAUCCUGUCGAUGCUGGCGUCAACUACAAGAGACCCAGGAACGAAGACGUCAUCGGCACGCUCAUCAACGCCCUCGGAUCACAGGACAUCUUUAUCAAGGAGUUCCAGCUCAUCAUCGCCGAGCGUCUGCUGUCGAGCCAAACUGGCUUCCAACAGGAGAUCAAGGUUCUCGGCCUGCUGAAGAAGAGAUACGGCGAGAAUGCUCUACAGAACUGCGAUGUCAUGAUCAAGGAUAUACACGAUUCCAGACGCGUCGACGCUACACUGCGCAAAGGCCUUCGGGCCGGAGAUGGCGCGAAGGAAGACGCGCUGACUUAUCACUCUAAGAUCUUGUCCCGGCUGUUCUGGCCCAGUCUCCCAAAGGAGGGAUUCAAAGUGCCGCCUCCAAUUGCCGCGAUCCAGGAAAGCUACGAAUCCGGGUUCGAACAGCUCAAGUCGUCUCGCAAGCUAAGCUGGCUAGACCAGCUCGGCUCAGCUACCGUGCAGCUGGAUCUGGAGGAUCGCUCCGUUGAGCUCGAGUGCAAGACGUACGAGGCUGCUGUCAUAUAUGCUUUUCAGGACGACGGAUCGGGGCCGCCUGGUCCCCAGCAGCGCACGUUCAACGAGAUAUGGCAGAAAAUCAUGAUUGAUGAGGACUUGCUGCAGCUUGCCCUCAAGUUUUGGGUGUCGAAGAAGGUAUUGCGCGAUGUCGGAAACCAGACGUAUACUGUCGUUGAACGCCUCGAUGACGGCGCCAACGCGGCACCAAACAACGAAGGCGAUGAGGCAGCCGCGCAGAGCGAGGAUGAGGUCGUCCGGCCUUCGCCGCGCAAGGCUAAGACGAUGGAUCCCAAGGAGCAGGAGCGUCGCACGAUUUACUGGCAGUUCAUCGUGGGUAUGCUGACCAACUCGAGUCCGGCAAUGCCGCUCGGGCAGAUUUCAAUGAUGAUGAAGAUGCUCAUUGCCGACGGCUGCCCCUGGAGCAACGAGGAGCUGCAGGAGUUUCUCGGCGAGAAGGUGGCCGCGGGCGACCUGGAGCUGGGAGGCGGCAAGUACAAGCUGCCCAAGAAGUGACCGAGGAAGGAAUUCGAGAUGAGGAGAUGGGAGCAUCUCUUAGGAAUUACUGCAGUGCGAUCGCUAGAGGCGCACGGGACACACCUGUCCGUGCGUGCAUAACUGGCGAUAACAACCGACAUGGAGCAGCAUCGGACAUUGAUCAACCAGAUGGCGAGGAGCCCAUCCAUCUGCCGACGCUUUCGGCUGCAGCACUUACAAGGGCCAUGCCUGCGCCGGAGCGAUGCCGGCCUUGGAACAUGUCCUGUUGCGCGAAGGGAGGGCCUUGUUCGAGCACGAGGUGGGCUUCGGGCUGACGAAGCGUAGCCGCGAUUGCUGAAACAAGGCCCGUCGGCUACAAGGGGCGGCUUAUCCUGCGUUUGCCUUGUCUACUACGCGGGACGUUGCAGGCCCCAAGCAUGGGAGCAAGCAUAAGACGCUUGUUAUAUCAUACUACGUUAGUACUUCGUAGCAGGCAAAACGAAGAAUACCAAGGGCGUCAGCACCUGGGAUCCUGCCGGGCCAGGGCCUGUGGCUCGUAGACAGUCUCAAACAUGCCGUUGGCGCACCUUCUCGACUGCAUCGGCAUGUGCAUCCACGUUCAUCCGGGUGCCGCGCCCUUACGCCCAUACGUACGUACAGUAUACGUACGUGGGUGAACGAGGAAGUGUCAUAUGCUGGGCCAAAGCUUGUCGCGCUCGGACGAAUCACGCAUCGGCCUGGCGAGCGUCGACGGCAGCCGGGGCACCGCAAGCGAGGAGCCGGCUGGCCAGGCGGGGCAAAGUUCCGGAUCUGUGGCCCAUUGGAGCUCCGAAGGGGCCGGGUCCAUCGGGCGGCGGGGCAAAUGCCGGCGGGGGCUUGCGGGUGGCACGGGUGGCCCGGGGUUGGGCCAGGACUGCGUUGCGACUGGGUUCCCAGGCGGGCAGUGUGAAGAAGUGGUGCGAGGCAAGGGGAGCUGACACUGCAGCUGGAAUCUCCAAAGACGAACAAGAAGAUGGACAAGAGGGAGGAG